CAAAACAAAUCGAGUUCGUCCGCCGCGAAGGGAACACCGUGCCAAGCAACGCAUCUGCAUUUUCAUUGUCCUCACCGCUCCCUUCUGAAGACCAUUCUGAAUUUCACCGGACAGCGGCCACCGCUGACACCCAUCACAUCACUGAACAUCCGCAGGGAGACGAGACAAGAGACUUUAAGCCGCAAUUCCUUUGUGAUAUUCGCAUUUUUGUUUGCCAUCGCACCGCCGCCGCCGCCGCACCACCGCCACCAUGAUGGACGUAGAGACUGUGAACGGUUUCGAGAACGGACUGGAGAAGAACGGCGGCGAGAUGGGCGACGGCCUGGAGGCGUCGGCGACUCAGACCAACGGCACCGUCAUGAUGCCUUCGGCCUCUGUCGACCUGAGGAUCAAGAAGAAGGCUCGCCGCCUGACGAAGCAGAACAGCAAGGAGUCGUCGCCGAAUGGCAUCGCGGUUGUCCAACAACCGCGGUACUUCAAGAACAGCCGCCGCUCCAGGAGUGGCUACGGACGAGGACUGCCUAAGAAGGGUGGUGCCGGAGGAAAAGGUGUGUGGGGCAAGCCCGGCUCUGAGCUGGCCGAGGAGUACGUCGACUCGCACGACCCCAACUACGACAGCGACUCGAUGGACAAUGGGGAAAUUGAGCUCAAGACCAUCUUCCCUGUGCUUUCUGACGAAGAGCUGCAGAAGGCUGCAGAGCCAAUCAUCCUCGAGUACUUUGAAAACGGAGACACCCACGAGGCUUGCAUCUCCUUUGAGGAGCUGCACGCUGGAAAGAAGCGCUAUAGACUGCCAUACAUUGCCAUUGAGAUGGCCAUGGACCACAAGCCCUCCCACCGAGAGCUCACCUCUGUCCUCAUUUCUGACAUGUACGGCCGCAUUGUCAGUGAGAGGGAUAUUGCCAGAGCAUUUGACGAGUUGCUCCGCAACCUUCCGGAUCUGGUGCUGGACACACCAGAUGCGGCCACCGUGUUGGCCAACUUCCUUGCUCGUGCCGUAGCAGACGACUGCCUGCCCCCUCGCUACGUGUACGACUUGAGUGACCUGGCCAAGCAGACGCCAUCCUCCCCCGUGAAGCAAGACGAGGAGCCCAAAGUGAACGGGCUGGCCAACGGCGACGCCAAUGGCACCAGUCACGCCACCAUUGUGACCGCCCACUCCAGAAUUACCAUCUCCAGGGCCGAAACCCUCCUCUCACUGAAGCACGGACUUGUCCGGCUGGACAACGUGUGGGGCGUUGGAGGCGGCACCAGGCCAGUCAAGAGUCUCAUCCGUCAGAUGGUCCUUCUUCUGAGAGAGUAUCUCUCCUCAGGAGACCUGCAGGAGGCUGCCAGGUGCCUCCAAGAACUUGAGGUGCCACAUUUCCACCAUGAACUGGUCUACGAGGCUGUUAUCAUGACCAUUGAAGCUGUGGUUGGGCCCACAGAAGGCAAGAUGGUUUGUCUGCUCAAAUUCCUGUCUGAUGCAGUCAUCAUUACUCCCGACAUGAUGGAAAGGGGUAUCAUGAGGAUCUUUGAAGAUCUCGAUGACAUUUGUCUUGAUGUGCCAGUGGCUCACAGUGUCCUGGAGAGAUUCCUGGAAAAUUGUGAGAAGGCUGGAUUCAUAUCGCACAAUCUGGUCAGGAAGCUUCCGACAAGGGGCCGCAAACGCUUCGUGUCUGAGGGAGACGGUGGCCGCAUCAAGGACCACCUGUACUAAACACUACAAUGACUCCAUUCCCUCCACCCCUUCAUCUUUGGAUUGCUUUUUAGAAAAGAGAGCAACCCUCAUUCCUUACAUUUAUACUGGAGUAUCAAGUUACGAGCCAUGCAAUCAUCACCUGAGUUGCAAGAAAAACAAAACAAACAACAUCUAUGUGUAACAUUAUAAUUCAUUUCAAAAUUUGCAAGAUCAAAAGUACAAAAGAAGCUGGAAUCUUGUAGCUUGAAAUGGAAAUUGCUGGCUGGAUUACUUGAUGAAAAUAUAUGAAACAAAAUGUAUGCUUUUCAUCUUCACUUUCGACGGGUAGCAAAAUUUUUGGAUAUCGUGUUCUUUGCCUUGAUGAAGCACUGUUAAUUUCUUCCUGCAAAGUCUCGCAGUGUUUUUAGCAUUUUUGUGAUUAAGCAAAUUUGAGAGAGCAUUCAUUAGAUAUCACACAGCUUGUCAUAUGUGUUAGCAAAUUGACAAUUGGCAAAUGCUGGAAAUUAAACAUAUAUAACAAUAUUGUCAUCCUUACUCCCAUUGGUAGCUGUUGGAAGUUUUGAUAGAGAAAAACAAUUCCUUCUGUACUUAACGUCUUGACCUUCGGAAAUUAUACAGGUCGGCACACUAGCAGUAAACCGCCACAUCUAAAUUUCAUCUAUCCAUUAAUAUUAACAAAAUAUUCAACCAAAUGCUUGAUAGGGUCCAAUUUUAAUUUGCCUAUUUAAGAAUUAGAGAUCAACGAAGCACUUCUGUUCAAUCCUUAGCCGAGAAAAUUCGAAGACAUGAAUAUGAAGCAUAACGAAGGCUGAAUUUGUAGUGGUAACGAAAUAUAUAAUAUUUUUCUCUCAAAAUACAGAAUAGAUGUGACAGUUUAAUAUUCUCAAAAGUUUAAUACUAAUUAGGCUGCUCUCUGAAUUUGUAACGGCAAGAAAAAAAAGUGUAAUAAUUGUUAGUUCCUAAGUGAAAUUUUCUAUUGCAUUUUAUUAACAAGAAAGUCUAAAAAAAAUUAUACAUAGCAAAUUACCGUUCUAUCAAAACAAUUGGUUCUAUUCUUGAUUUUCCUCCCAAAUAGGUAGUAUGUUCUGUGAGUUAAUUUUUCCUCUAUCUGAAAAGAAGAUUAUUCGAACAUUUCAUUAUUUCAUCCUUGUGUACAUUGGUUUAUUUUGUUUCUAAUAAAUUAGCAUAUUAACAUGUAUGAAA